AGGCAAAAUAGAUUUAUGGUUAGCAUAAAUACUAAUAAUGGAAUUGAAAGGCAAAAUGAAUCACUAAAAUAUCAAUAUUUGAAAGAUCGUAAAGCCAACACUCUCAGUGGACUGGUCACUAUAUUGAUUAAUGAAUUCUUUCCUGACAAGUACCGAAGGUAUGUUGAGCUUAACAUGCAAUGCAGUCAGGGGUACAGACUGUAUAACAAAGACAUUCCAGAAUACCUUCAUGACAAGCCAAGACCAUUUGUUGACCAUUGUAGACGAAGAAUCAUAUCUGCAAAAGAAAUAAUGCCAUCAGACAUAAAAGAAACAUGCAAAGCUGGUCAAUUUCAAGUUCGAUCGACUAGCAACAACAAUCAAUGGUAUGAUGUUUCUUUUGGAAAAGAAGACUUAAUGCCAACUUGCAGCUGUCCAGACUUUAAGUACAAUGGCUUUCUUUGCAAACAUUUCUUUGCUAUCUUUGAGCACUGCCCUGACUGGAACUGGAAUUCUUUACCUAAGCUUUACUGCAAAAAUCCUCAUCUUUCCCUUGACAAAUUUGUAACAAGUAACCAUAAACACACUUAUAAAUUACACUCUCCUUUGGUACAUCACUGUCUAUCAAAAUCACCCUCUGAAUAUAACAUUAAUUAUUCCAGGUAUGUUGAGCUUAACAUGCAAUGCAGUCAGGGGUACAGACUGUAUAACAAAGACAUUCCAGAAUACCUUCAUGACAAGCCAAGACCAUUUGUUGACCAUUGUAGACGAAGAAUCAUAUCUGCAAAAGAAAUAAUGCCAUCAGACAUAAAAGAAACAUGCAAAGCUGGUCAAUUUCAAGUUCGAUCGACUAGCAACAACAAUCAAUGGUAUGAUGUUUCUUUUGGAAAAGAAGACUUAAUGCCAACUUGCAGCUGUCCAGACUUUAAGUACAAUGGCUUUCUUUGCAAACAUUUCUUUGCUAUCUUUGAGCACUGCCCUGACUGGAACUGGAAUUCUUUACCUAAGCUUUACUGCAAAAAUCCUCAUCUUUCCCUUGACAAAUUUGUAACAAGUAACCAUAAACACACUUAUAAAUGUGAAGAGAGUGACCUGCAUUCAGCAGAAUCUGACUUGCCCAUUGAACAAUCAAUCCCAGAUACAAAUACCAAAAAUCCACUUCCAAAACAAGAAUUUAAAGAUAGCAACCAAGAUGUUAUAAUUAGAAAAGAAGCAAUGGCAUGUAYGGAGAUGUUAAAAAGCCUUAUGUCAUUGACAUACAAUAUUGAAAAUCUAGAUGCCUUGCAAAGGCUAAAUGCACAUCUUAAGUCAACAUGGAUAGAGUAUAAAGGGCACCAAACUUAUGAAAAAGAUGAUUCCUUACUGAAAAAGAAUAGAGCAAGUACUGAUUCACAAAAACCCAAGGCCAGUAAUUCCCACUACCUAAAGUUGCCCAUCAGACCCAAGAAAAARAAAUYCAAAAAAAGGUUUGGAGAGCAUGCAUCAAUGAUGCAAACCCAUUAUCAAGUCAAUGUUCCUGUUAUAAARGCCAACCCUGAAAAGCCAAAAAAAAGGAAAAUGAAUGAUGUCGCCUUCACAGUACCUCAAAGUGCAAAAUGUCCAAAACAGCAGACAACAACCUCACCCAGUGGAGUAAAAGGGACUUCACAAGCUGCAAAAAAUACUGUCAGCACAAGUGUGCAUCCAAUAAAUCGCAUCAAGCUGGCAAGUAACUUUGGGAUAAAACCUGAAGAUGCAAUGUUGGAAGUCCAUUCAAUUGCUGUAUCCUUAUUAGACCUGUGGACACUCCUUCCACCAGAUCAGAUUACAAAUAGUGAAAGUCGCUCAUUAGCAAAAUAUGACUUCAAAGCUGGUUACCUAGCUGACACGAUUAUUGACACCCAUUUCAAAUACCUGGAAGAGGCAAAUUCUACAAUUAUUGCCACUGAUACAUGCAUCUGUCAGGUCAUUAUACAUGGGGGCAGUACAAAGCGAACAUGGGCAGAUAAAGACUUGACCAAUUCAACACUGAUUCUCUUCCCCCNUCAAUAA